AUGGCGCGCAAGUUGAGCAAGAAGGAGAAGAAGCAAAAACGCCAGGCGCUUGAGGCUGCAUCCACCGCGGCGUCGGCUGCCGCUGCCCCCGAGGCCAAGCGCGCCAAGGCCGCGGAUCACGAACACGUCCAUGAACACGCCCCUGUCGAGGUGAAGGAGAAGAAGGAAAAGAAGGAGAAGAAGAACAAGAAGGAGAAGAAGAACAAAAAGGACAAAAAGGCCAAGACCACCCCCGCAGCCGCGUCGGCUGCCCCGACUCCCGCAGCUGGUGCCACGCCAUCAGUGAAAAAGGCCGACCGCAAAGCCAUUGAUGCGCUCUGGAAGGAGUUUAACGUCACCAUUGAAGCUGGCGAGGGUCACGACGCUUACGCCUUCCCUCCGGCCAUGACCUUUGCCGACGCAGGCGUCGAUGCCGACCUCAUGGCCUGCACCAAGGGCUUUGACAAGCCCACUGCCAUUCAGAGCUGCUGCUGGCCUAUUGUCGUCCAGGGUCAAGACCUGGUCGGCGUGGCCGCAACGGGAUCCGGCAAAACUCUGGCCUUUACCCUUCCCGCCCUCCAGCACGUCAAGGGUCUUGGUCGCAGCAAAACCAACUGCCCCCGCGUUCUCGUCCUCUCCCCAACCCGCGAACUCGCCCUUCAGAUCAACAAGGUUGCUCAAGAUGCUGUCAAGAGUUUGAACCAGAUCAGCGCCGUGUGCGUGUACGGUGGUGCUUCGAAGCGCGACCAGCUCACCGCCCUUCGUCAAGGCUGCGAGCUCGUCAUCGCCACCCCGGGCCGUUUGGUGGACUUUCUCAACGACGGCAAGCUUGAUCUCAGCCAUGUCUCCUACCUUGUCCUCGAUGAAGCCGAUCGCAUGCUUGACAUGGGAUUUGAACGCGAUAUCAAGCUCAUUCUUGGCGCCGUGGGCACCCAACGACAAACGCUCAUGUUUUCCGCAACGUGGCCCGAGGAAGUGCGCGCCAUUGCCGCCAACUAUAUGAAAAACCCGCUGCGGGUGACCGUGGGCUCUGAGGAGCUCUCAGCCAACCGCAAUGUCAAGCAGGUGGUCGAUGUGGUCGAGCCCAUGGAAAAGGAUCGCCGCCUCCUCGAUGUGCUUCGCAAGCACCCCGCCUCCAAGAAUGCCAAGGUACUGAUUUUUGCCCUGUACAAGAAGGAGGCUGCGCGGUUGGAGAGCUUUCUGCAGCGCAAGUCAUACAAUGUUGUGGGCAUGCACGGUGACUUGAACCAGGGUCAGCGCGAGGCAGCUCUUCGGGCCUACAAAUCUGGCGAUUCACACAUCCUCAUUGCCACGGACGUGGCCGCGCGUGGCCUCGAUGUCAAGGGGGUGGCUGUCGUCAUCAACUACACAUUUCCGCUGACGAUUGAGGACUAUGUGCACCGCAUUGGUCGCACGGGGCGUGCCGGUGCCACGGGUAUUGCCUAUACCUUUUUUACCCAGCACGACAAAGCGCAUGCAGGAGCGUUGGGCAAUGUUCUGCGCGAGGCCGAUGUCGAGGUGCCCGAGGCUUUGAUGAAGUUUGGGCAGCACACCAAGCGCAAGGAGCACGCCCUGUACGGCGCGCACUUUAAGGCCGACAACGGGCCACCCAUGAAGGAGGCCAAGCGGAUUACUUUUGAUUCGGACGAUGAAGAAUAA